AUGGAUAAAGAAGGCAAGGCUUUUUCAAAAAUUCGUGCCAAACACAAGCGGUAUCUCAUCUGUGCAAUGAAGAGAAGGUCAGGAAUAACAGACAAAUUUAAGAACAAAGCAGAAAUCUUGUUAAUAAUAAAAUUACUUGAUUCCCUCCCCUUCCCCCCCCUCCCCCCCCCCCCCCCCCCCCCCAUCUACUGGGGAAUUUUGCUUUUGCUCCUUCUACCGCAUGACAAUUGUUUUCCUCGUCUAAGCAGAUACCAGCCUCAGAUGCUCAAGGUGAGAGUCUUGCCUUUCGCUCUGGGCUACUGGUUCACUUAAUUUGCUCAAUUUGUUCAAUGUUCGUGGCUUUCUUUCUCUCUUGACCCUCCUUCACCUUGUUUUGUUUUGUUGUGCUUGCUU